GCGUGCCCGCAGUCAGCCCACUCGUGCAGCGCGGAGGAGUCCAAGCACAGUGGGAAAGUUUGACAAAAAGUUUUGAGGAGAUGAUGUUUUAACUUUUAGCUCAUUUUAGGAGACUGUUUCCACCGCGCAGACAGUGAAGGUGGAAGAACUACAAAAACCUCCGUGUCCCAGCGUGAAAACUGAAACAUUUGGUUUAUAUAUAAUCGAAAUACAAACAUAUCCUCGCUCGCUUUCAUGUGGAAGUUACUGCGCGCUCUCCGUACCUCCGCGCUGCCUCUCAUUCAUCCGGCAGAGGAGAGGAGCCCGCGUCCGAGGAUACAAUGAAGCAGUGUGUGCAUGUCCGAGACAAUGCAGCAAGAUGCUACGAAGGGACCAGGCUGUUUCUCACAAGAUCAGGGACAUUUUGUUCGAUGGCAGAGGCGGACCAGCUAAAGCAUGAAGCUUUGGGCUCUUCAUGACAAAGCUAUGACCAACACGAGGACUAGACUCUAGACGUCUAAUAACAAAGCCAGGACUUAAGAAUGAAGACCAAAUAUGCAAUUGUCUUCAUCUGUAUCGUGGCUCUGGUCAUCAUUGAGAAGGAAAGCAACAUCCUAUCAAGGGUCUCAGAUAAGCUGAUCCAGCGGCAGACUCCCCAGCAGACCCCACAGACCCCACUGGAUUACAACAACUCCACACAAAAUGGCUCCCUGUCCAUGCUCAAAAUGCUGCUCUCUAAACUCACUGGUACCAGUGGGAAUUACUCCAAUUUCUCUGAGGAGGAGGAAGAGGAAGAACUUGAUGGUUUAGGCAGGUACAGUUACAGUGGUGGCCGUAAGCACAUAUUACUCCUGGCCACCACACGAACAGGCUCCUCAUUCGUGGGGGAGUUUUUCAACCAGCAAGGGGAGAACAUGUUCUACUUGUUUGAGCCUCUGUGGCAUGUAGAGCGCAUGCUGACCAUGGCAGGAGAGGCGAACAACGGGACAGUGUUGGCAGGAAUCUAUAAGGAUGUACUGCAGGCGCUCUUCCUGUGUGAUUUCUCUCCUCUGGAGAAGUUCAUUUCUCCUCCACCUCAGGACCACGUCACCCCGGCUCUCUUCCGCAGAGAGUCCAGUGUAUCGCUCUGUGAAGAACCUGUCUGCAGUCCUGUAAUCAAAGAUGUUUUUGAGAGGUAUCACUGUAAGACCCGACGCUGUGGGCCACUGAAUCUAACCCUUGCAUCAGAGUCCUGCCUUGCCAAGAAACACUACGCUGUUAAGACGGUGCGUGUGCGCCAGCUUGAGACGUUGCAGCCUCUGGUGGAGGAUCCUCGCCUGGACGUGAGAGUGAUCCAGCUAGUCCGAGAUCCCCGUGCCAUCUUAGCGUCCCGUAUGGUGGCCUUCUCUUCCAAGUACAAGACGUGGAAGACAUGGGCGCAGGACGGCCAGGUGCCUGAGGAUGACGAGGAGGUGAAGAGGCUCAAAGGAAACUGUGACCAUAUUAGAAUGUCUGCAGAAGUGGGACUGAGCCGCCCUCGCUGGCUGAGGAGGCGCUACAUGUUGGUGCGUUAUGAGGAUAUUGCUCGCUUCCCUAUGCAGAAGGCAGAGGAGAUGUACAGGUUCACAGGGAUACCAUUUAGUCCUCAAGCAAGGGAGUGGAUUCUGAGGAACACCCAGACCACACAGGAAGCAAGAGGGAUUUACUCCACCCAGAAGAACUCCUCAGAGCAGGCGGAGAAAUGGAGAUUUAGCAUUCCUUUCACGCUGGCACAGGUGGUGCAGAGAGUGUGCGGACCAACCAUGAAACUGUUUGGGUACAGAUUUGUAGAAGACGAAAAGAUGCUGACCAAUAAGUCCAUCAGUUUGCUGGAGGACAAGUUCUUUCAUUCAUCAAAAUUUCAGCUGUGAGUCUGCAAAACACUGCACAUGGUGGAUAGGAGCCAAAAGAAGCCAUUACUGAACAGACCAAACUACGCAAAGUUGCCAUAAAAGAAACAAGAAGGCCAUAAAAAUGUUCAUACUCACCAAUGAUGUGCCUCAUUUUAAAAUGAAGAGCCACUUGUUAAAGUAUUUAUUUGCAUACUGUGUUCACUGAGAAGCCUGGUAUUACAGCUUUAUGCUAUGCUCUGUAUUUCAUUUAAAAUGAAAUAAUCAGAAGAAGUCAAGCUCGACUUGUGAGCGAUCAUUAUCUAAGAUUGCAUUCAUAGUGGAUCAUGUUUAGAUUCAGGGAUAAAGAACAGGAAGUGAAAGUGCUGUAUGUUUUGUGUGUGUGUGUGUGUGUGAAAGAGAGGAUGUGUCUGCUCAUCGGGUUUAUGUUGCAAGUGCUUACGUCUGGUUAUGUGCACCAGACUAGAUCACGGAUGGAAUCACUGUAGGAUCAUUUUACCUGUUGUGCUUUAUCAGGCUUUACAUGUGCAACUCAGGUGACAUGAAUGUAGUAUUUCAUUUUGUGCUAUUUUCAUGAGAAGUAUUCACAUCUUUACAAAAGUAAGAUUUAUGUCAGAUUAUAAAAUGAUCUAUAAUUUACCUCACCAAAUGGCAUUUAAAGACAAUUGUCCAAUACUGGAAUUCUCAAGUUGGAACAGUUCAGGAUAAAAAAGAGUAUAAGUAAGAAAGGUAUAAAAUACUUAUGAGGUUAUAUGAAAUAAGACUUAUUUAUACUUGAUUUCUUCAUGUGUCUUAAACAUACAGAUGUUUUUUUUAUGAAACAUUUUAGCAAGAGCUGUAGUUUUUUGGUGUCUCAGCCUGCUGCUCUGAAUAGCACGGUUUAAAGUCUGAUCUCUUGAGACCGGUGUGUUCGUGGACGCCCAAACGAAACUCUUUUUUUAAAAGGCUUUCAACUCGACAAAAUAAAACUCCUUUAAGAAUUUAAAUACUCCCUAUUGAAAGUUUUAAGUUGUGAGAUUUGUGUAUGUUUGUAGUUUUUGUGACGACUAAUAUAUAAGAUGUAUGUAGAGUUUGUUACUGUAUUAAUGUGGCCUAUCACUUUAAGUGAAACCCAGGUGCUGUUGAGUUAACUGUCAGUCUUGAUGGUAUAUAAAGGUAUCCACUGUGACUCCAGUUCAAUGGCUGCAUUGUGCUCAGCUUGGCUGAGGCACAGCUGAAACUGCCACGCAGCUCAUGGAAAGGGAUAUGCAUUAAAGGUACAUAUAGUGGUGGGUCUGUACUAACUUAGUGUUUGAAACAUAAAUAUGAAUUCAUUACAGAAAGCCAGCCUCAAGUUGCCCAAGGACUGAGGUAUUUGAGAAAAGAGGGAAUACUGUGAAAUACCAGGAGCAGCUGAACAAAUGGAUGCUCUUACUUUUUUGGCUUUUUACUUCUUCAGAUACCAACGCAGGCAAUAAUAAUUUAGGAGGAAUACACUUUUACAGUUUUUAUCUGUUAUUAAGAUACAUGAAUAACCGGAAAAGGUUUGUGCUCCAACCUUCAGAAAUCAAGCUGUUUUCAACUGAAUGAAAUGUUGUGAAAAAAGUCCAGAUAAGUUAAAUCAUAAAGUCAACAAGUUCCACUGCCAUGUGGAAAGUAAAAGUUUAGUCCAAAUUCUUGUAAAGUUAAUUCCAAGUUAUUUGGAAGUCUUGUUUCCUUUGAAUAGUAACUGUUAAAACGUCAUGGCAUUGUGACAUCUGAUUUCCAUAGCUCUGUUUAAAGGGAUUUCUUUGUAACUGAGAACUUUAAAAACAUAGGCCCAAUAACUACAGAGUCAGGAUGUGUGGCUCAGUAAGGUUUAAGAGAAGAGAAAUAUGUGCCUGAAAGUCAUCAGACAAGUCUUCAGUAGAUAUCUAAGUUGUUUUCUUUAAUCUGGUACAACUCCUCUAGUCAGCAGAAACCCUCCACUGCACCUUUACACACAGUCUGUGAAUUCUGCUUAAAUAAAUAGGGUGCUUUUGUCACCUUUUUGAAAAGGUGAACUGCAUUCAGGCACAAUGUAGCAAAACAAUAACAACUGGGCUUCCAUAUCACAAAGCAUACUGGUGAAUUUUGUUGGGAUUUAUUGGGCUGGAGAAACAGUUCUAGCUGAGAUUGACUCAGGUUGGCUGUUAUCUGUGACUCUUGCUCUAGACACUCAGAUGAACAUCUCUCUUAAGGACUCAUUCUUUCAGGGAUUGGGUAAUCAGUAAUUUCAUAUUUGUAUUUUGUUCAACAUCUUGCUGUCAGAGUUUACUUUUAAAACCAUCAUAUUGCAAAUAUAAUGUUACACUCCUAUUCUAUUUGCAUAGGAAACCAUGAACCAAAGCACAGAUUACACUCAAGCAACGAAAUGUAUCACAUGGAUAUAAAAGGUAAAGAGUUCCUUCAGUUGAAGUUACUAUUAAAAUAAACUUUUGUUGUCAGAAAUCAAA